GACAAAGACUGCUCUUUUGAUGCCAAAAUCUUGACCUUUUUCAACUUUUUUUUGUUCUCUCAACUAGUUUCCUGGAAAAUGCAGCAAAGAGAAUUUUAGCUCUUCUUUAACCUUCUCUUUGUUUUAUUCUUUCAAAAAAAAAAAAAACAAUGGGAUUUUUGUAAUAUAACUGAGUAGCCAUUAUUGAUUUCUUGUUCUGGACCUAAAUUUCUUAUGCUUACCUUAUAUGGUUAAAUGGGUUUUAUUCACUUUAAACUUUUUGUUGUUGUUUGAGAUUCCACUUCCUUUUCCAGUUUAAAUUUUCUCAGCAACCAAACAUGAUUUCUCUACCUUGGCUUUUGAUAUGGUGAUAUCAGCAAAAUCUUAGUGAUGAAAUAACAUCGUCUCCUUUUAUUUUUCUGGGUUUCAUUUAUUGAAAUCAAUCAAAGCCCGUGAAUCAGUCAUUGGAUUCUCCAUAGCCAAGACUUGGCAUUCAACUCACCCCUCAAACUAUUCGUGGCCAUGAACAAAGCUCAGAAUACUUAACUGCAAAAAAAAAAACCAAAUGGAUGUUCUGAGUUGAUGAGUUAUAAGUCAACUUUGGUUUUUGAGAAUCUGGGAAUUUGAAUUGAGGAAGAACCAAAUUAGCUUGGUUUUAACAGUUGAACUUUGGGAACGAAAAUGUUGCAGCAGCAGCAGCAUGAACUGUGUUCUUCUCGGAUUCUGUCUCCGUCCCGAGAGGAAAUUUGUGACGAAGAGCUUUCGGUUCUUCCGAGACACACGAAAGUUAUCGUCACCGGGAACAAUAGAACAAAGUCUGUAUUGGUUGGUUUGCAAGGUGUCGUCAAGAAGGCGGUCGGCCUCGGUGGUUGGCAUUGGCUGGUUUUAAAGAAUGGGGUUGAAGUAAAGCUGCAAAGGAAUGCACUGAGUGUGCUCGAACACCCUACAGGGAAUGAAGUAGACGGUGAUCAUGAUUUCGAGAAUUCAAGCAGUGGCUCAGACAUUGCUAGUAGCAUCGAGUUCCAGAGGGUUUCUAAACCGAGAGUACGACAUACGAAACCAUGGAUCCCAUCUGCAUCCAUGAAAGCAUCCAACCGUAGCAGUUAUAGAGAUGUUCAAUCCAUUAUCAGUGCACCCCAGUCGGUAAACUUGGCAAGACUCGACACCGACUCCUUGAGAAGAUAUUGCAGGCACUUCAAACUUGGUAGCAUCAAUGUUUAUUCACCAAGGGAACUAAUGCUUAACACAGUGCAGCAGCAUUUUGGGUCACAGCCACCACUGAACGACGUACAGGUGAUCUCGGAAUUCAUAACUGCCGCUAAGAGACUGAAAACGGACUACUCACAUAGUGAGCAACUCUGAAUGUUCCUUCAACAUUGCAGUCGAUACUUAUUUUAGUUCCAAUUCUAACAUUAGAUUAGUUCCAACUAAAAGACUAAUAGGGAGGAGUAAUCGAUCGACCGACUGACCGGAUGUUGUCCCCGGAUUCUAACCUUGUAAUAUAGGGCUUGUGGCCUUUGCUAGUGUUCUAGUAUGUUUACCGUUCCAAUACUGCGCAUAUAUGUACGUGUUAGUACUGAUGAAUUCUUUAAUGUGUUCUGAAUUUUCUC